GCCCGCCCCGCCACCCCUCCCGGCCUUCCCCUAAUAAAAACGCACAAAGUUGUCCCCCCUCUUCUGCUUCGACUUGCGCUCGAAUCUGCCGCCCCGAGUCAAUUCUACCCCGAUCCGCUCGUUUCUCUUUCCCUCCGUCCCCGAGAUCUCGAGGCAGGAUGGUGGAGGCGAAGGACAACGAGGUGUACGAGGAGGAUCUCGUCGACUACGAGGAGGAGGUGGAGAAUGUCGCCGACGGCGCCCCAACCAACGGCUCCGCCGAUGUCGUCAAGAAGGGGUACGUGGGGAUCCACAGCUCGGGGUUCAGAGACUUCCUGCUCAAGCCGGAGCUGCUCCGUGCCAUCGAGGACUGCGGAUUCGAGCAUCCUUCCGAAGUGCAACAUGAAUGCAUCCCUCAAGCCAUUCUUGGAAUGGAUGUUAUCUGUCAAGCAAAAUCUGGGAUGGGUAAGACUGCGGUUUUCGUCCUCUCAACUCUUCAGCAGAUUGAUCCUGUUGCUGGCCAAGUAGCUGCGCUUGUGUUGUGCCACACAAGAGAGUUAGCUUACCAGAUUUGCCAUGAAUUUGAGAGAUUUAGUAAAUACCUGCCUGAAUUAAGAGUCGCUGUCUUCUAUGGUGGUGUUCACAUAAAAAAUCAUAAGGAUCUGUUGAAGAAUGAAUGCCCCCAUAUUGUGGUUGGCACGCCUGGAAGGAUACUUGCUCUAGCUAGAGAUAAGGACCUUCCCUUGAAGAACGUGCGGCAUUUCAUUCUUGACGAAUGUGAUAAGAUGCUUGAAUCACUUGACAUGCGUAGAGAUGUCCAGGAGAUCUUCAAAAUGACUCCCCAUGAUAAGCAAGUGAUGAUGUUUUCAGCAACCCUCAGCAAGGAAAUUCGCCCAGUUUGCAAGAAAUUCAUGCAAGAUCCUAUGGAAAUUUAUGUUGAUGAUGAGGCUAAACUGACCCUUCAUGGUCUAGUUCAGCACUACAUCAAAUUGAGUGAGGCAGAGAAGAAUCGGAAGUUGAAUGAUCUCUUAGAUGCGCUCGACUUCAACCAAGUUGUGAUAUUUGUCAAAAGUGUUAGUAGAGCUGCAGAGCUGAACAAGUUGCUCGGCGAAUGCAAUUUCCCCUCAAUCUGCAUACAUUCUGGAAUGACGCAAGAAGAGAGGUUGACCCGAUACAAGAACUUCAAGGAAGGACACAAGAGGAUUCUUGUGGCUACCGAUUUGGUCGGUAGGGGAAUUGAUAUUGAGCGGGUCAACAUUGUUGUAAACUAUGAUAUGCCAGAUUCUGCUGAUACGUACUUGCAUAGGGUUGGUCGGGCUGGACGUUUUGGCACCAAGGGACUUGCAAUAACCUUUGUUUCUUCUGCAUCUGAUUCUGAUGUUCUCAAUCAGGUGCAAGAAAGGUUUGAGGUUGACAUAAAGGAGCUGCCUGAUCAGAUUGACACUUCAAUAUACAUGCCAUCUUGAGGAUCCAGGUGAGCGAUGGAUUGCUUCAACGCAUCAUCUUUGGAUGACUACUAGAUAACCUUGUAUCUCCUGAAGAUGUUCCAUCUGUACUUAUUCGGCAGUUUAGGUCCAAAGACCAUGAAACUAUUGGUGCUCAUGUUUUUAGGAUUUUAUUUGCAUCUGUCACAUUUUCUAUGUUAUUGGCAAACAUUUUGAUUGUUCGCUGCAUGACCCAUGUUACCUGCCUGAUUUACUUUGGGUAUGUCA